AUGGUCAGCAUCAACUACCAUCACAGACCCCCAUCACCACGGCUGGUAUUCAAACAGUUUGCAAUGUCGGUCAACACGACAAACACAGCGGCGGCUGCGACUGCUUCUGCAGCUCCGUCGGUGGCAACAUCGGCAGCAGCAGCAGUAGCGACGUCGGCAGACGCGGCAGCAACGACGGCGGCUGCUUCUACGGCGCCGGCAGCCACUGAUACUGCUGCGACUACUUCGCCGUCUGCGGUAGCGACGGAUCCAACGACGGCGCCAGCAGCGACAUCCGCGCCUGCUGCUGCGACCCCUGCGGCACCAGACACGACGUCGGCUGCACCGGAAACGCCCACUCCGUCGACGACUCCGGCGGCUACAACGCCGACGACAACGCCAACGACGGAGCCGACGACAACGCCAACGACGGCGCCAACGACUGAGCCAACGACUGAGCCAACGACGGAGCCAACAACUGCGCCGACAACAGAAGCGACGACAAGUGUGGCGCCGGUAGAAACAACAGCAGCAUCGACUCCGCAGGUGAUCACGGAGGUGACGACGUCGGCCACGACUACGAUACCCCCAACGGCAGAGUCUACGGAGCAGGCAGUAACGACAUCGGUGCCGGCGGCAACGUCGGAGCAGGGAGGGGUGCCGACGACGAUUGUGACGACGGCGGCCACAGGCAGUGCCGGGACGAGCACGAUUGUGAAGACGGUGACGACGACGUCGAAGGGGGCAACGACGACGGGCAAGACGACGUCGACGCUCAGCAGCACGUCGAGCGGGGCGACAGUUGUGGCAACGCACUCGUCCAGCGGCAAGCUCUCGAACGGGGGGCGGAUUGCGGUGGCGGUGGUGGUACCGAUUGCGGGCGUGGCGCUUUUGGUGUUGGCAGGGAUCUUUCUCUGGCGGCGGCGACGACAGCGCAAGGAGGCAGAGGAGCAACGGCGCAAGGAGGUGGAGGACUACACGUUCAACCCGAACGGCGACCCGGACUUGGCGGCACGAGCAGCAGGCGGGGCAGUCGGAGCGGCCGGUUACGAGAUGGUGCAGGAGGAAGCGGGCUCUUCGGGCUACCGUGGCUGGGGCUCGACGACGCUGGGCGGAAGGGGACGGAAGGCGUCGACGACAAUGUCUGGAGGUGCUGGCGGGGCGACAUAUUCGGACGCGACGUCGCCGACGGCAGUCGGGCCAGGAGAACGGCGAUCGGGCGAGCUGGAAGCCGAAGGCGGCGCCUACAGUCCGGAGGGCGAGAUUCUGGGAGCGAUGGGGCCGGCAGCAUCGGGAAACCGGGGUGGCGACGUGCAGCGCGGCGCCUCGAACGCGUCGUCGUCCUACAGCGCGGCUGCACGGUCGGAAGGAUCGGCCGACCUGGGCUACAGCGAUGCGGCCUAUUACAACCAGUACGGCAGCAACAAUCCGUAUGCAGACGGACAGUACAAUGGGCCUCCACGGCCGGCCGAGCUGGGCGGUCCUCCGGUCAUCCGUGACAAUCCGGCACGACGGAAUACGCGGAUAGAAAGCCCGUCACACUAUCCACAGCAGACGAACCUGUCGCAGAAUUUCUGA